GUGUCAUCGUCUGAGUCCGUCUCUUUUCACCAGUGCAUCUCCCUCAACGAACUAUAUAUAUAUAUAUAUAUAUAUAUUACCGCGUUAACUUUAGUGUCCUUCCACUUCCUCACCGUUCCUUUUCUCUUCCCGUUACCCAUCCUAUUUUUGCGUAUUAAUCAUAACGAGUAUUUUAUAAGCGGUGGACAGACCCACGAAGAAAGAAAAUGGUCGUCGCAGUCGUCUUCUCCAUCACGUUCAAGAAUGCCGAGUCGGAGCAGGCCUUCUUGGACGCCUUUGCGAAGCUGCAGCAGCACUGCAUCCACAACGAGCCUGGCACCCUGACCUACGAACUCCACCAGGUGUUUGAUCAGGGCGAGCCCGUCCCAUUCCAGUACAUUGUGCUGGAGCGCUACUCCAACCUGUACCACUUUGAGGAAGUCCACCUCAAAAGCUCGCCCUUCCGCACUCUCUUCCGCAACAUCGGCGAACUGGAGGUGUCGGAGCAGACGCUGCGAGUCGCCACCAACGUGGCUGCGCAGCCCACCCUCGACGCGAAGCCGGAUGUCUGGUCGGAGAACGACAUCGAAGACCCCCUCCUGCGCAAGGGCGUGCUGGUCUUCUGCGGGGCGCGGCACGGCAAUAAGCCCGCGUACGCCGAGGAGGCCCGCGCGCUCGCCACGUACAUCGUCGAGGAGCUGAAGCAGCCCUUGGUGUACGGCGGCGGUACCGUCGGUGUGAUGGGCACACUGGCGAACGAAGUGAAGGACCGCGGCGGCAAGAUCAUCUCCGUCAUCCCGGGCUCGCUUUCUAGCCGCGAGGUGUCGGGUCAAACCAUCGGCGACCUGAUCUACACCACGGCGACCAUGUCGGAGCGGAAGAGCAUCAUGUUUGCGCACGCCAACACGGUUGUCGCCCUGCCCGGCGGCGUUGGCACCUUCGAUGAGCUGCUGGAGGUGCUUACGCUGUUCCAGCUGAAUGCCUAUCGGCCGAAGAUCGGCAUUGUGAACGUGGAAGGCUUCUUCGAUCCGUUCCUGGCUCUGCUGCACCACCUCGUCGCGGAGGGGUUCCUGGAGGAGAAGAUUUUUGGCUUCGUCGUGAUAAAGCCGACGGCGGUGGAGCUGAUGAAGGCGCUGCGGGACUUCGUGCCGCCGCCCAGCCCGGCUGCGUCCCUCGUCUGGAAGAGCCGUCCGUAA